AUGGCCUCGAAGCAAGGCGGCCAACCCGGCCAAAUCGAAAUAACCUCCCUCCCCGUCCCGCGCCUCCAAGAACUAAAAACCCAACUCGACGCCGAACUCACCCACCUCUCCAACUCCUUCCAAUCUCUGCGCACCGCCCAGUCAAAAUUCAAAGACUGCCUCACCUCCAUAACCACGGGCCUCACGGCCAGCACAACAAACAAGCCGCUGCUCGUGCCCCUUACAUCAUCGCUGUACGUGCCGGGCAAACUGACAGACCACGAGCACGUGCUCGUAGACGUGGGAACGGGGUUUUUCGUAGAAAAAGAUAUUUUGGGUGCGAAGGAUUUUUAUGAGCGAAAAGUCAAGGAUCUAGGGGAGAGUUUGAAGGAUUUGGAGCAGGUGGUGCAGGGGAAGGCGCAGAAUGUGAGGAUGGUGGAGGAGGUGAUUCGUUUGAAGGUCAUGAGUGCUCAGGAGGGUAAGGGGGAGGAGCAGGGGAGCUGA